AUGGCGUCAACGAGUCAACGACCCCUCCUCAUCGCCCUCCUAACCCUCUCGAUCUUCGCAAUCUCAGCCACCGCAACAAGGCCCUGCAAGACCCUCUUCAUUUCCUCCUACUCCUUCUCCCUCCGCCGCCUCCCAUCCUCCUCUUCCUCCUCCGGCUUCGUCACCGUCGUCACCGAGAUCAGCCGACUCCGCCCCGUCCGCUACGACGACCUUGUCAUCCAACCCCACGAAGAAGACGAUAAGCGAACUCAGGCGGCGUCGCUCUUUCCCUUGAUCGGAACGACGUCGGCCUCCUCCUCGUCCUACGACCUCAACUCUCUCCGCGAUCGCACCAGGGACAUCCUGAGCAUCGUCGUUUCUCUGCUCUUCGGCGUCGGCUGCGGCGCUCUCACCGCCGCUACCAUGUACUUGGCUUGGUCCGUCUUCUUCAGUCGCUACGACAACGGCUCUGCGUCUUCCUUCGAUGACGAUUUCUAUGACGCCAGCCCUAAGAAGAUAGGUUAUGUAAAGAUUCCGGAGGUGGCCGCGGACUCCGUGCCAACACCACCGUCCCCAGUCAAGGAAGCCGCCGCGGUGUGA